UGCGCCUUAUUAUCUAUAAGGUAUAAAGAAGUCAAAAUGAUGUAUUCACUCAGGCUCCUGCACUCAUUACCCGUGUCUCGGUAAAAAUUUAAAAAAGAUAACGGUGCAUUGAAGUUUGUUUUUUAUAGCUCGCGCAUGCGCUUUGUGAAUGUUAUAAGUUUGUAACAUAGUUUGAUGUGUGAUUAGCAUACUCGACGUUUUUUGCGGAAAUUGUGAAGACAUGGAGCUGGUGUCUCUGGUGAAGGAGGUAUUCCAGAGCGCGGCGGAGCAUGCGGCGUCGUACCGGCUGGGCCAGUCCGCGCUGCGGCAUGUUGACCGCACGUUGUGGGUUGUAGAGAAGUGUGCCAGAUGGGCUGUGCCUCCUCCAUUGGAUCAAGAUGAGCGUCCACAGCCAGAGCUGGUCAGGCCUCUGCCGUGGGUGUUCUUCCUAGCCAUGAUAGUGUGGCUGCGAGUCACCAGAGAGACCAUAUCCUUGCUCAACCUCGUCAUGGGGAAGCCGCCUUUGAGAUCUGCUGAUGUGGUGAUGUACAUCCAAAGCAAGCGUCGUUACUUACGCACCCUGAAGUACCAGGGCAACCGCAUGAUGCGAGCUCGCAGCAGCACCGCGCAGCACUCCUGGGCAGACGCGCUGCACGAGCUCAUGCACUUCACCAUGUGCUUCCGCAGACAGGAGCACUACGGGAACAAUAAUACUACCAGGAUUAGUAAUAAUGAUGAAGUGCUGGUAGUAAAACGCAGCAAGCGCGGUCGCGAGCACACGAGCCCCGCGGCCUCCACCAGCGAGACCACCAUGGAGAGGCUCAUUGAGAAGAUGAUGGUAGACCUCGAUGCUGACUCCGAUGAGGACUCUAGCUUCACGUUAACAAACGUGACCAGUCCAAAGAGUGAUCGUUCAGACUUCACGGCGGAGUCAGACCAAGACACAGUCUACUACAACAACGGUACUACCAAGCAGGCAGCACAAAACAACCACAACGAUUCGCCAUUCUCACCAAACAUGUCUGAAGUACCCUGUUCUACUCCUGAGAGGAAUGAAACGCGGCCAAAGGGGACUUCUACUCCCCCUGAAGGGGAUAAAGUGAAUGAAAGCACCAGUGAAGGGGAAAAGUUGAGUGAAACCCCCAUUGUAGGGGAAAAGUUAAAUGAAACACCGGUAACAGGGGAGAAUUUAAAUGAAACUCAUCCUAUAGGGGAGAAAUUGGAUGAAACCCUCACCCUACAAGAAUCAAUUAAAGAAGAAAAUCAAAAGUCGCCAGAAAUCUCGCCUUCAAAGAUCCCGCGAACUCCAAAUAACGAACAGAAAAUCGGUACGAAAUUAAAGACUUGGUCUAUUAAAAUGAAAGAGAAAUUUUCUAAGCAACAUCAUACUACACUUGGUUCAAUAGCUGAGAAGGACAGAAGAAACUCGGACAUGCACGUCGGAAAACCAAUACCAUCAAACAACACUUUGUAAGGAGGAUAAAAAGUUAAUCUCGCACAGUCAAUCAUAGGACGCUGCCGUGCAGUACGUUGUUAAUUUAAGUUUAUGCAUACGUAUGUCUUGUUAAACGUUCAUCUGUAUAUUUUAAUUAUAAUGCAACAGUCACGUACCAUUAUGGCUUCUCUGAAAUACAACAAAAACGUAUAGUUUUCAUGUAAAUACCUACUAAAUAAGUUAUAUCAAGUUUUACUUAUACUUAUACAGACGCACUAAUAUUUCAGAGCAGUCAAGAUGUUUAACAUUUGAAAAUAAUCUGUAAUACUCAGCGAGACACAAAAUUGGGCACUAUCUUUUGUAAAAACUGUUAUAUAAAGUCAAAUAUUAUGUCCUUUUUGCAAAUAGCGCACAUAAAAUGCAUGUUCUGUAUACGUUAAAGUCGUUAAGUUGCAAUUAGGGUGUUAAUGUAAGUAAUUAGCACUCUUUAUCCUGAUAUGGAGGUGAUCUAAGUGAUGUGACUUAAAAUGUGUUGCAGUUUCCAUCUUUUAUUUACUCUAUGUGAAUGCUUUUUUUUUAAUGUUCGAUGUAAUUUUUGUAGUACUAUCUAUUGGACACGCAUAAGAACCAAGAAGUGACUGUGGUAUGGUUCUAAAUGAGAAUUACAGGAAAAACAUAAUUUUAUUUUAAAUGAGAAAAAACAUCUGCGCCUUUUUAACGUGACUUUAAAAAAAACUAUGUGUAACUAUAUUAUAUGUUGUAAUUGCAACAACUCUGAUAAAUGAUGAAUAAACAUAUAAAUGGUAAUAACGAGUGAUCUAGCGUUCAAUAAUAAGUAAUACGCAAUAAACUUUCACGUUUUCCAUUAACUAAUGUGUAAAUGUAAAUAUACCUUCAGAUAACGUACAUGUCGUUACCGGCGGAUGCUGGAGAUAAGCGCAAUAUGUUUAUAACUUUAUAAAUAUGUGUUUUCUAUUUCCAAUUAUUUUAACAAGAAUCUCGCAAAAAAACAUUUUUUUUUUUCAAUUUUCUUCUACUUUUGCUCUCUCUGUACUCUUUCCAAGUAAUAUCUUCUUCUAAUUUCCCGGAAUGGUCCUAAGUUAAAAAGUGUGAAUUUAAUGCCUGUUUCAAUAAGUUUUAAAAGUUGUAACUAUUUGCCCGCUUGGGUUUCUAAGGUACUUGGAGUUCCUUUCGUAAUCAAUUUAUGUUUUAAUGUAUAACAUUUUAUUGUAAGUUAAUAAGUGUAAGUAGUUUACAUAAGUUAAGGCGGCAAAAUUAUGAUCACAAACAGGUUAAUAACAUUAAGGAAAAUAAGUUAGUGCUGUGCAUGUGAAAAAUUGUACUUGUUUACCUACAUAAUAAAUUUAAAAUGGCAAUGCUCGAUUAUAAUACUCAUAUUUUAACAUAGGAACGAUAACUAUAUUUGGCAUAUCUUAAAGUUCCUUUACCAAGUGCAAUUAUUAUCUUGAUAGAAUACUCUGUAGAAAUUAUUUCAAUAAAAUUAUUUAUUAUUUCAUAUUUCCAAAGAUUUGGCUGUGUACAGAUCAAAUAAUAUAAAAGACUGAUGAAAUUGUAACAACUAUUAUUAUUAUAAAUGUUUUCGUUUUCUAAAUUAUAUAAUCUUAUAUUUUUAUAACGUUUGAUACAUUGUAAAUUAUGAAUUUAUUGUUACAAAUAUAUCUUUAACAAUA